AUGGGAUUGAAAGACACUGAUAAAUUCGCCACUAAGGCGAUCCACGCUGGUGCCCACAUCGACAUCCACGGAUCUGUCAUCGAGCCAAUCUCGUUGUCUACAACUUUCAAACAAUCGUCGCCUGCUGCUCCUCUAGGUGAAUAUGAAUACUCGAGAUCGCAAAACCCAAACAGAAAGAACCUGGAGGACGCUAUCGCUUCCUUGGAGAACGGUAAGUACGGGUUGGCAUUCUCAUCUGGUUCUGCUACUACCGCUGUCAUCUUGCAAUCCUUGCCACAGGGCUCUCACGCUGUUUCCAUCGGAGACGUCUACGGUGGUACCCAUAGAUAUUUCACCAAGGUGGCUAACGCUCACGGUGUGGAGACCAGCUUCACCAACGACUUGAUCAAGGACUUGCCAAACUUGGUUAAGGACAACACCAAGCUGGUUUGGAUCGAAUCUCCCACAAACCCAACUUUGAAGGUCACGGACAUCGCCCUUGUGGUGGACAUCGUCAAGAAGAUCAACAAGGAGAUCUUGGUUGUCGUCGACAACACGUUCUUAUCGCCAUACCUUUCCAACCCAUUGAACUUCGGCGUCGAUAUUGUAGUCCAUUCUGCCACCAAAUACAUCAACGGUCACUCUGACGUGGUUCUAGGUGUCUUGGCUACCAAUGACAAAGCCAUUUACGAGAGGUUGCAGUUCUUGCAGAACGCUAUCGGUGCCAUCCCAUCCCCAUUCGAUUCCUGGUUGACCCACAGAGGUUUGAAGACCUUGCAUCUGCGUGUCAGACAAGCCGCAUUGAGUGCCACCAAGAUUGCUGAGUUCUUGGCUCAGGACGACAGAGUCAUCGCCGUUAAUUAUCCAGGUUUGGACAGCCACCCAAACAGAGACGUUGUGAAGAAGCAACACCGCGAUGGUCUAGGUGGCGGUAUGAUCUCGUUCAGAAUCAAAGGCGGUGCUGACGCUGCGGCUAAGUUCACCACCUCUACCAGGUUGUUCACCCUCGCUGAGUCGCUCGGUGGCAUCGAAUCCUUGCUCGAAGUGCCAGCUGUGAUGACCCACGGUGGCAUUCCAAAGGAGCAAAGAGAAGCAAGCGGAGUUUUUGACGAUCUAAUCAGAUUAUCUAUCGGUAUCGAAGACUCUGACGAUUUGCUAGACGACGUCAAGAAAGCCCUUGCUGCUUCAAGUCAAUAG